AUGGGUGAUCAUCAAAUAAACUCUUUACCUGAACUUAAUAGAGUCGUAGAAAGUCUCCAAGCAAUCGAAAACAUUCUGAAGCGCGAAGAAAUCUUAGUAGAAAUUAAUUCUUCCAAUGGAAAAGUUAGUGCUCGUAUCAAAAUUGAGCAAGAUUUAUAUGAUUUAUGCACAAUAUAUACUACAUUAAAUGCACAAACAGGAGGCGAGGUUUCUUAUAAAAUUAGUAGCUAUCCUGUCACAGAAUUUCAUUCGAUUUUAUCAAUAAUUUCACCACUUAUUCCUAAAAUGCGUUAUUUAGCUAAAAAUCCAUCAAUGCUUACAGUUACACUAGCUGAGGAUGCACAUAGAGAUAUUUUACAGUGCGAACGAAUUUUGACCGUUCGAGAAUUCUUAACAAACUCAGAGAUAACUCCAGAUUGGGCUUCUUCGAUAGAACCAGCUCCACCAGAGAAUCUUUUGAUCAGCGUUUUUCCAUUCCGCGAUUCUUUUUACGUAUCAAUUUAUAUGGUUCAGCCAACAACAGAUCCUCUCCGUGAAAUGCAUGUACACUCAACUCCGUUUAACUAUUCUCCUAAAUCUGUCGUCCAAAUCAAUGGACAAAGAUAUAUGAUUGAGCAUUCAAUCAUUGCUUCACAAUGUCAUCAAACGCUUACGCGUAUACUUCGACUUAUUCAUUCGGCAAACGAAGAUCUCGAAACACUUAGCUCUUUGAAGAAAUCUCAAUUAUAA